AUGGAUGGCCUCUGCCACAGUGACCAUACGCCCUCACGGGGUUUGGUAGAACUAAGGAAGAUAUACGAGCCAAUCGAGGCCGUGCUUGACGGGCAGGAUCUUGUUGUCCAUAAUCACUACGAUUUCAUCGGAUUGGAGCAUGUCAGAGCAGAGUACAAUGCUCAAGAACAUGGCGAGAGGUUUGUUCUACCCUGUCUUCGUUUCAGACAAUCAUAUGGAACUAUACCUGACGAGUUCGUACAUAGCUCUAAUCUCAUUGCUGCCGGGGUGUUGGCCAUUCCUCUGGUCUCUCCUGGGGAGCAGGGUAGAAUUCAUCUGCCACAAGAUAUCUUCAAACAUGAGGGUGCCCACGAACGCUAUCUCACGGUUACCUUUCGGUUGAAAAGGGAUACCCCAUGGGCAAACGCCGGCCAGAUGAUAGCCUGGUUUCAGAGUCCGCUGCGAGCGCUUGCCACAGAUCCCGCGCCAUCCCACGCCAGCACCAUCUCCUCGAAGCAUGGAAGCAACUCAGGAACGCCUACAUCUACACCAGCCUCCUCCAGCAAACCAUCGCUCACAUUCUCCGCAACCAGCCUGGAGUACAAAAUCUGCAACUCCUCGACCACCGUAACCUUUGACCGGGUCCGCGGCCAACUCUCCUCGCUGAUCCAUAACUCGAAUCCACUCCUUGCCGAUACGCGUGUUGAGAGCCACAACCCAGCUUCACCCUCGCCGCUGUUGUCCCUGGACUUCUGGCGGCCGCCGACGGACAAUGACAACGCAUGGCAGUCGGAUGAAUGGAAAAGAUACGGGUUACAUAUGAUGACAAGUCGAUUGAAGAGUUUCAAAGCGUGCGUGCGUUCGAGCCUGACUACCUCGACGUCGAUCCAUGCAUCCCUGGCCAACGGAAGCGUGGAGGUUUCGGCGGUGACUUUGGAGGCCGAACAUGCGCUCUCUCCGCCGAGUCAGGCCUGGCAUUUCAACGCCAUGACUACCUACACAAUCAGUACCGUUUCGAGCCCUGGGUCGGGGUCGAGUGACCCCAACAGCACCCCCUCCGCCGCAGGUACACAGACUGGGCUGACAAUACAAAUCCACACGCGUCUUAUACCACGGGGCUCGCAUCCCGACAAUCUCCCUCGGGUCGGGCAUUCCAUCCAACUCGCUCCAGAAUAUAAACAUGUCAAAUGGUUUGGCCGCGGGCCGUUGGAAUCAUACAACGACAAGUACCUCUCUCAGCAGAUGGGUAUCUGGCAAUGUAACAUCGAUGACAUGGCGGAGCACUAUGAGGUGCCACAAGAGAAUGGGAAUCGGUGUGAUGUCCGAUGGUGCACGGUCGCGGCAGCAAUAUCAGCUGAUGCCGAUCCCACCAUAGUCACUGGAGACGAUGGCGGCGAGGAAGCCGGUCGCGACGUCGCUGGUGGGAAAAGGACACCAGUUCCAACGAGUCGUUUCCCCGUCCUCCGCGCGACGUAUCUCCCCGGCACACCUAAGCGCGAUAGCCCUCACAUGCAGUUUUCCACGCAACUCUACGACGCGGCCACGGUCGAGAUGGCAAAACACCCGUGCGACCUACUCGAGCCAGGCAAGCGGAGGAAAGGGGCCCUUUGGCGGCUCGACGCAGACGUCGCGGGGGUGGGAACUGCGGCGUGUGGCCCCAGCACAGAGGAGGAAGAUCAGGUUCUGUGCCGGCAGAGAGAGUGGACUCUUGUCCUGCAAGUUCUCCCAAAGUUAGUGUGA